CUCACAAUAACGUACUACCGUCACCUAUGUCCAUUUCCAAACUUACAAGUUCAACCUAUUUAAACAUUCUGUACAUAUUAAGCAACUGCUCCCCAUUCUUUAUAAUGCUAAAUUUUUAAUGUAAGUCUUUACAAGUUAAGAAGAAAAGAAUAGAUUACCGGUUAGGAUAUUUUUUUCAAUUUUAUGUGACUAAAUUUUUUUCAAUCUACAUAUUAGAAUUACAAGUAAAAGCCCAUUUCAGUGAAUCUUAUUUAUAAGGGAUUUUGUAUAACAAAGAUAUUUCACUAUUAUAGAAAAGAAUGUUGAUCUCAAUGAAUGCUAAAGGGGGAAAUUUUUAUUAAAAUCUGUUAUUAGCAGUGAUAGAAAGCUGGAAGUAAAUACUUUAGAAUCUUUUAGUAAUUAUUCAAUUUUCCACACAUCUUUUACAUUCCUACUAUAGAGCAAAGACCACUAAGUGAAACCAAAACCUACUCCUUCUCCACUCAGAAAAGAAAAUCAGCCACUUCCAAACUUUUACAAUGCAUUAGGUGAAGUAAAUGAGCAAGCACUGAAGAAAAUAUUAUCAAGUGUCAAAAAGAAUGUGGUAGGUUGGUACAAAUUCCGACGUCAUUCAGAUCAGAUCAUGACUUUCAGAGAGAGACUGCUUCACAAAAACUUACAGAAGCAUCUUUCAAGCCAAGAACUUGUUUUUCUGCUACUAACACCAAGUAUAACAACAGAAAGCUGCUCUACUCAUCGGUUGGAGCAUGCCUUACAUAAACCUCAAGAUGGACUUUUUCAUAGGGUACCUUUAGUGGUCGCCAAUCUGGGCAUGACUGAACAACUGGGUUAUAAAACUGUAUCCAGUUCCUGUACAUCUAGUGGUUUUGGCCGAGCAGUAAAAACACACAGCUCUGAAUUUUUUAAAGAAGAUGGAUCUUUAAAGGAAGUACAUAAGAUAAAUGAAAUGUAUGCUUCAUUACAAAAGGAAUUAAAGAGUAUAUGCAAAAAAGUGGAACACAGUGAGAGAGCAGUAGAGAAACUACUAGAGGAUGUAAACAGAUUAAAACAAGAAAUUAAAAAAAGAAAACAAGCACAGAUCCAAGCAACAGCGGGAGAGAACAAUGUCCCAGAAGUCCCACAGGAGAAUGCUUUUCUUUGUGAAGCUUUACGGACCUUUUUUCCAGAUUGUGAACUUCUUCAUUCAUGUGUUAUCUCUUUGAAAAAUAAGCAUAUUUCUAAAAGUUGCUGUAACACCAACCACCAUCUCAAUGUGGUAGACAAACUAACUUUAAUGGUAGAGUACAAUGACAUUCUUGAAGCUAAUCAAGCCCAUGGACAGCAAAUGAUUAAGCGUAAAGCUUUGGACAUGGAUGAUGGAUGGCAAGUCAAGAAAUCACGGCUGCUGGAGAUGCAAAAAAGACCAUCUAAAACAGAUACUGAAAGUAGUAACCAAGAGAAAGCAUCCACAAUAAGCAGUCCAGAAACAGAUGAAGAGAUUGUGAAAAUGAAGGGCUCUGGUGACUAUCCACAGUCUCCUACAUUUUGAUCCUUUUAGACCAAAAGGAGAUUUUUGAUUGGCUGAAGGGAAAAGCCAGAACAUUUCUAUUAUUUUUAUUUGGUUCAGCUACUUGCCAAAAUACAAAGAUAAAAUCUAAUGUUUUUUUAAAAAAAUACUUUUAUAUACUGAUAUUUUAUGUAUCCGAUGCUUUUAUGUUUAAAAAUCAAAACCUUUUUUGCCCCCUUUACUAAAGUAUUAAGGGAAAAACUUAAAUAGAUGGCAUUUUAAAAUUCUUUAUAGCAUUCUUUAGAAUUGGAAGAGAGACUAACCUUAUUUUCACAAAGUGGAAAGUUAAGCUUGUAUGAAAAUUUAUUUUUAUCUAAGUCAUUAAACUUCCUACUCCUUAAGUGAUGAUAAACAGUACAUUCUGGCAACCCUAGCCACACCUCAUUUUACAGGUUUAUUUUAAAGCUAGUUAUCUUUAUCAAGGCUUCCCAAAGCACUUAAGUUUUCACAGCAACAACAACUUUUCUUUAUUGGACUCAUAUUUCAUUAAUAAAGUAUACUUCAUCAACUGACACACAGGUGUGGGAGCAAACAGCUAACUUUUGGCAAGGCAGGAACAACUGGUAGGAGAGUCAUGGGCUUCAGUAUGAUUUUUAGUGAAGAUGUAAAGCCCCAGUUUAAUCCAGUGAGUUCGUUAAGUAGGGAUUAGAGCUACCUAAAAGUAAAAGAGCUUUUACUGUAUAUGGAAAUUUGUCUUUUCCACAUUUGUGAGAAUUUUCCAUUAAGUACACAUACACAUGAAGCUUUCACCGUAUUGUUUCACUCACUGGAUGAAAUGCUGAGCACUCAGUUUGACCUUUGCUCUUCUUUCAGUUAAUUCCUAAGUGACUGGGCAAAUUUAUACCUAGUAUCAAAAAAAUAAUUAUCUUUUAUCUGUGUUCCAUGUCAUAGGGUGCUUAUGAAGCCCAUUUAAUACCAGAGAUGAUGUAUACAAACUAGUCUCUACUGCUGGGGUGGUUUUAUUGGUUACAUAGGAAGUAAUGUGUUGAACAGGGCAAAAGAGGGAAAACAGGGUUUUCAGUCUGAACCUUAACUUUAAAAUAACCGCUAACAUCACCAGAACAUAUGGAACUUUCCACAAAGAACAUGGAUAAUGACAGAAAAUGCAACCAGCAUAUGAACAAAACUGGAUUCUCAGGCUAAAAACAGGAACAGCUAAAGUGACAAGCAGCCAACAUUAUAUGCAGAUAUCUGAAGACAGUAGUGCAGAGAUUUUUCAAAGACUGCAUACUUAAUGAAACUGAAGUCUAAAAACAGGCAUUUAUACAAGUUCAGUUUGCUAAAAUGCUAGAGAGGUACAGAGUAAAACACAUACUUCACAUAAUGAUCCACCUCCUUUGAAGAAAGCAAUGCUAAACCUUCAACCAUAGAUAAGCUUGCUGAAGUCAAUACACAGCAGAAAUUUUAUAAUUGAAAUUUGAUGACCCCAUCUUUGGAGGAUCUGAUUAGUACUAGAGGAAAGGUCCCUAUAAGACUUUUUCCCCCAACUGCUCAUCUUUUGGCAGUUAGCUUUUAUUACUGGAGUGAGAUAAGAUGACUGACAACAGAUUACAUAUGAACCAGUUUCUAUGAUAUGAGUCAGGAAUAAAUGCUAUGUCCUGUGACGGCACCACUAUCCAUCCCCAAGUAACAUCUCCACAAAGAGAAGACCCAUUCCCAGGCAUACUUAAAUUUGCUAGUUAGAAAAUUAUUCAGAGCAAUUUCUAAUCCAUAGCUAGUCACAUGGGAUGCAAACAUUAUAUAACCAUUGCACCUUCUGCACCCAUAUCCCUAAAAUCAUCCUAUUUAUAAGACAAUCUGGGCCUAGAGUAGAAUUUCAACACAAGCCAUCCCUUCCAUAUUUACUAGCCUUAAUAUCACUGCCAAUAUCAGCAGUACAUCACUGUAUGAGCUAUUUGAGAACCAGAUAUAUGACAAUCAUAUAGUACCAGCUUUACUAAUUCAAGAUACAUAAAAUGUAAUGAAUAUUGGUAUUAUAAAAAUGCACAAUUUUUUUUAAUGAGAAAAGGGAAGUUUCACUCAUGAGAUCUCUCCUGAAGCAACAUUUUUCCCACUAGAUUUCAAAGUUCUUCAGCCAAAAACUCUUCUUAAUAAGUAGUUUGGUAAGAUCUAGCCUAUUCUUAAUUUUUUGCCCAAAAGUUAUUAAAUUUUAUAAUUGAAUCAAUAUUAGCAUUACACAACCUUACUGUAAAAUAAGUUUAUUGGUAAUGACCUUAUAUAUAUAAUUUAUUCUCAAUAUCUGAUGUUACAAACUUUAGGGUCUUUGAGAUAGGCAGGAUCCUUGUAAGUAACUGGCAUGAAACCUGUAAAGAAAUAAUAAAGUUCUUCAUAAAAAA